AUGAAAUUAUGCGACAGACUUUCUCCACUUUCCCCAAUUCUUUCAGCUAUAUGUGGAGAUUAAGUUCUCGGCUGAAUAAAGGUCUCCACCUUCGUUGCCGAUUCACAGCGAUGUCACAAUAUCGUCAGGCAAAAGGCUUUCCAAGUGCAAGAAAAUGAGCGUACUUAAGGGACAUAUAUUGGUGCUAAAAGCAGGCAAAAGAACUUAGUGUUGGUUAUACUGAGUUUUAAAGAGUAUAUAAAUAGAGUGAAAAGAACAUAUAAAGCAAAUCGAAGGAAAGAGAGUCAACGAUAAAGGAGUAAGCAUCAAUGACUACCAUACCCAUAUAUCAUGAUUUAUCUUUCUACGCUGAUGUUGAAAGCAAUAAGAAUCGUUACAAGCAUUUGCUUUCAAAAUUCAAGGAAGAAUUUUCUAUGGAUGCUAGUUUUAUGAGCCGUUCACCUGGUCGGGUGAAUAUCAUCGGAGAGCACAUCGAUUACAAUUACUUUUCUGUGCUUCCUAUGGCGAUGGAGGUGGAUGUGGUGGCUGCAGUCCGUGAAACGGAUGACAGAAAAAUGAUUUUGACAAACAUGAAUCCGGAAUUUGUGAGUAAACAAUUUGAACUACCAGAAGAUGGAUCGGUCAUCUCCAUCGACACAAAGAAUCAUAGCUGGGGAAACUAUUUUCGUUGUUCCCUAAUUGUAGCCCACAAAUUUAUUUUGGAGAAGUAUCCGAAAAUCGUUGAAGGUGGUUCUAAACCUUUAAAGGGUAUGAGAUUAACAUACGAUGGAAAUGUGCCUACGGGCGGAGGCCUGUCUUCUUCAGCUGCUUUUUGUGUAACCUCCAUUAUGGCUAUUUUAAAGGCUAAUGGAAUUGGGACCCUUAGUAAAGAAGACCUGACCAAAAUUAGCGUUGUUUCCGAGCAUUACGUUGGUGUCAAUACUGGAGGAAUGGAUCAGUGUGCUUCUAUCUAUGGAGAGAGAGAAAAGGCUUUAUUGGUUCAAUUCCGUCCAAAGCUAGUUGGAAUUCCUUUUGCAAUCCCGUCGACAAAGCCAGAGGAAAUGGUCUUUCUCGUAAGCAACACGCUUGUACAGGCAAACAAACACGAAACUGCUGCUACUAAUUACAAUUUGCGAGUUGUUGAAAUGGCUGUGGAUUCCGAGAUGUUAGCUAAAAAGUAUAAUUUGACUCUUAUGAAAGAUUCUAAUCUUAAAACUGCAGGGACACUGCGUAGCUUCAUGGAUACUUACUAUGAACAAUACUUGAAACAACCACCUUGGGAUGGCAACGACGUUGACAUUGGCAUUGAACGUACACAAGAAAUGCUCAAGAUUGUUGAGACUUUCUUCUCAGAGGAAGAAAAGGUUGGUUUUACAACAGAACAGAUGUCCAAAAAGCUGGAAAUAUCGGUGAAGCAGUUUACCGAAACAUUUUUAACAGAGAUCCCCGUUCGCUACGAUGUAAUGAGGUUAUAUCAAAGAGCAAAGCAUGUAUUUUCAGAAUUUUUGCGUGUACUAGAAACUUUGAAACUUUUCCGUGAACAUAAGCCUUCAGAAAACUCGGAGACUUUUUUGUUGGCAUUUGGAAGACUAAUGAAUGACUCACAAAGAUCAGCUAACAUCUAUAAUAAUUCUUCUAGUCCACAUUUAGAAGAGGUAUGUGCUAUUUCUGUUGCUAAUGGCGCGUAUGGUGCUCGAGCGACUGGCGCCGGUUGGGGAGGUUCAGCAGUACAUUUAACCACUGUACAACGAUUACCUAGAGUAGUUUCCGCUCUGAAAAAUCAGUAUUAUAACAAGCAUUUUCCCAAUUUAAGUCAAGAGGAUUUAGAGGCCGCCAUCGUGGUAUCCAAGCCUGCUGCAGGAAGCUGUCUGAUAGAUUUAUCCAAAUCCAUUUACUAAAUAUAAACGCCUGUAUUUUAAGCAGUAUCAUAUUUUAGAAUCAGUGACCAUUCAGGCCCCGAACUGACUUUUCUUGAAAUGCAAUUAAGAACGGAAAUCUUACAAUAUUGCUGAUAUCUCGGCCCAAAGAGCUCACCAGAUAUGUAUUUUCUUUCAAGAUCUUUAUUGUUUUAUUUUGAUAUCAAUUACCUGCAUAAUUAAUCCUUGACAAUGAAGCAUUUAGUUUUGUUCGUUCAUUUCACGGAGCUUUUUGCUAUGGCCAGUUUAGAUCCUAUCAAUUUUGGAAUUUAUUGCUGAUUUUCCUUGUGAUUUUAAAAUGACAGCCUUACUAAACGUUUUCGAUCUUCUACGUUUCGAGUCAUCAUUCUUAUUUUUUUAAGCGAUUGGUGUACAAGUUUAGUUUCAUGCCCAGCAUAAACAGUGUGUUUAAAGAGUAUUUUGGAUUUAGAUAAUGUCCGACGAAUUUGUCAAUGUGUAUAUUUGCUACAAAUUUAAUGUUAAAUAUAAGGAUUUGUAUAACGGAAACAUUUACAGAAUUAGUCUUCAUGAGUUAGUAAAUAUUCUAAUAGCAAUAAAAUCUGCAUGACAAUAGAGGAAAUCAGUUGUUUUGUGCGAAAUCUACAAUGAAAUGAUUGAGGCUA